GGGGAAGAGGAGGCUGACAAAUUACCCCCCCCCCAUAGACACUCUGAUUGCAGCAUAGAACUAGUCCCAGGGGCCAAACUACCCAAAGGGAAAAUUUAUGCUAUGGGACCAGCCGAAAAAGAGGAACUGAGGAAGUUCAUAGACAAGAACCUGGCCAGGGGUUUCAUCCGGCCAGCCUCCUCCCCCUUCGCAGCACCUGUGUUAUUCCAGGAAAAAAAGGAUGGGGGAUUGAGACUGUGCAUGGAUUAUAGAGGUCUGAAUGCCAUGUCAGCAACUAAUGCAUACCCGAUGCCCCUGAUUAAAGACUUACUUGCAGAGGCAGCAAAGGGGAAAAUAUUUUCCAAACUCGAUCUCAGAGAUGCUUAUUUCAGGGUGCGCAUCAAGGAAGGCGAUGAAGCGAAAACCGCCUUCAACACUCCAUUGGGGCAGUUCGAGUACCUCGUGAUGUUGUUCGGCCUUCAAGGGGCCCCGGGGGUCUUCAUGAAUUUAAUCAACGAGGUGUUGCAUAAACAUCUGUUUAAGGGGGUUCUUGUUUACUUGGAUGACUUUGUAAUCUAUUUCCCCAAUCUAACCUCCCACAUAAAGUUGGUGAGAGACGUUCUAACUACGUUGCACAAGCACAAGUUGUUUGCUAAACUUUCCAAGUGCGAGUUCCAUAAAACACACAUUGACUUUUUGGGCUAUCGCAUAUCGGGAACUGGCCUCGAUAUGGACCCGGGGAAGGCUCGGCUAACUCGCUAG